GGUGCAGAUUUGGCGCGCGCCUGCAGAAGCGGCGCCAACCUGAGCCCAAACCCGGGCAAAUGACUUACCUCUGCCCUCGCCCAGUGCUCGGCUACCAUUUCCUUCCGUCUUUACUCCGCUCUGUGUUUAACGGCGCGCGCCAGGCUAGACCGGGGACGGAGGCCGCAGGGCUGUCCUGGCCAGGCUCGUCCCUGGAUCCCGCCCCGCGGGGGGCCAUGCAGCUCCCGGCGCUCCGGCCGCUGACCAGCGCCCGCAGUCUGAGCCGAGGUUGCCGCAGCGCCAAUCUUUUUCGAGGAGGAUUUCCAGCUCCAAAUUUGAGACUCAUCUCCCCUCUCAGCCAGAACCGUGGGCUCGUCCGGCGGGAGGCACAAGUCAUCUCCCCCAGCAAACGGGCCCGGCCUGCGGAGGAGGGCGGCAUACGGAUCCGCUUUGUCCGGCUUUCGGAGCACGCCACCGCUCCGACCAAGGGGUCCGAGCGCGCCGCGGGCUAUGACCUAUACAGUGCCUAUGAUUACACAGUACCACCUAUGGAGAAAGCCCUUGUGAAAACAGACAUUCAGAUAGCUCUUCCUUCUGGGUGCUAUGGGAGAGUAGCUCCACGUUCUGGCUUGGCUGCAAAACACUUCAUAGAUGUAGGAGCUGGUGUCAUAGAUGAAGAUUAUAGAGGAAAUGUUGGUGUUGUACUGUUUAAUUUUGGCAAAGAAAAGUUCGAAGUCAAAAAGGGUGAUCGAAUUGCACAGCUCAUUUGUGAACGGAUAUUUUACCCAGAAAUAGAGGAAGUUCAAGUUUUAGAUGACACUGAAAGGGGUUCAGGAGGUUUUGGUUCCACUGGAAAUAAUUAAGAUUUAUGCCAAGAACAGAAAAUGAGAAAAUAUACUUUUUCCUUGAAAAUAAAGACUUUGCUUAAAGUG